AUGGGCCUCUCGCUACUUGCAACUGCUUGGACUUUUUUCCGUGUCAGUGGAAGCGUCUUCAACCCAAAUGUGGCCAUUGCACUGGUACUCACCGGAGCAAUCAAACCAAUGCGUUUUGUCCUUUACGUUUGUGCAGAGGUUCUUGGUGCUAUAGUCGCUUCAGCACUACUUAACGCUGCCCUCCCUGGAAAACUGGCCGUAAAUUGUACACUUGGACCCGGUGUGACUCCUGGUCAAGCCAUCAUCGUCGAGGGCUUCUUGACAGCAGCUUUGACAUUAACCGUCCUGCUCGUGGCUGUCGAAAAGCAUCGCUCUACUCCAUUUGCACCAUGUGCCAUUGGAUUGGUACUCUUUGCUACUCAUCUUUUUGGAGUAGUCUUCACUGGCGCUGCUCUCAACUCCGCCAGAGCAUUUGGUCCUGCACUAAUCACCGGAUUUACUACUUAUCAGUGGGUUUAUUGGGUAGGACCUUCAGUUGGCGCAUUGGUCGCGACUGCUCUUUACUAUCUGUAA